AUGUAAUACGAUAGCCCUUAGGAUUUACAUAAAGCCCUCAUUAAUAGCAACGACUCCCAAUAAAUCACAAAUCUUAUUUAAAAGCUCUCCAAUUUUUAUGUCAUUGGAGAUCAUCAAAAUUAAGAUAUCUUUGAGUAACAUCCCUCCCUAUUUUAACUAGUUAUUUAGCUGAAAAUAAUAUCUUGGCUUUAUUCUAUGACAAAAUUAUCAACUUGUCAACUCAGCAACUCUGCUACAUCAUUUCCAGAUUAUCCUUCAUUAUGUAAGCAUCUCCAUUAUUUAGUUCAAAUCUUAAACAACCACUCAACAUCACUUACUUGCUUAGUAACUCUGUUCUAAAUGAUUUCGUUAUUCAUCAAUACGAUUUUUCUAACUAAGAAAUGGUUGAUUAUUAUGUCAAUUUUUUAAAAAUCAUAGCCAUUAGAAUUGAUAGAGAAAACAUCUUUCUCUAUUUUAACUUCCGCUAUCCCUCUUUCCCUUUGCUCUGGGAAGCAUAAAAAUUUAUCAAUUAUCCAGAUGUCUUAGUAAGCAAUACUAUUAAAGUCAUCAUCCUUAGCCUAUCAAAAUGUAUCUCUCUAUCAUAAUUUAGUAUUCAAUCUAUCUCAAGACAGCGACACACUAACUUAAUCAAUCAUGGAAUAGGAAAAUAGAACCAUUAAAAAAUUAAAAAACUACUUUUCACUAAGUCCAUUCUAUCUCGCAUACCUGAAAUACGUUCACUAAAUUAAAUGCAUACUCCCCAAUCUUGCUAAAUCAGAAUUCCAUAACUCAUUAGAAGAGUUGAUCAUGUUCUUUAGCGAUAUCCUUAAGUAAUGUCCUUUUCUGAUCCCACUUUUUGAAUAAAUAAUGCUUCAUAGAUUAAUCUUACCGAUCUUGGACUAUUUGCUAUUAAAUAAAAACACUGAUUUUAAAACUGAAUUUAAGUUAGGAUUCUACCUUAUAUAUCAAAUCAUAUCUAAAUUACCUUUUAAUAACAUAUUAAAAUAUUUAUCAUAAGAUAAGAUCCCAAAAGAUCGUGGACUUGAACUAAAAUAUAAUUACAUCCCAUCUGCAACUUGGGUUUAUGAAACAGAGAAUUACUUGUGUGAAUUUGAAGAUGUCUUUUUAGAAGAAAACCUUAAUCAAAACGUAUUCAAUGUUUUUGAGAACUAAUAAGAAAACAAUCUCAUACACAAUACUUACAAAACUUAGAUGCUACAUCUUCUAACAGUACGUUAUUAUUGCUAUUAUUUAAGCCACGAGAUAACAGUAUAUUAUUACUCUAAUUAGCCAUUUGGCAAAUAAUUAAGAAUUAAUAAUAACCAUGGCCUGCCUAACAAAUUAUUUAAGUAUCAGUUUUUAUCUUACAUAGUUAUUAUCCAAACCCUAGAAGCAAAUUAUGUAUUCAAAAAAAGUAAUUGAUUUUAUAUUUUUAUUCUACCUAAAUGAAGAUACUAAUAUGCUGUAAGAUAUUUAUUUGGAAUAUGGAAUUUAUGUAGCAUAAUUGAGAGCUAGUAUUAGUUUGGAUAAGGCUUAUUUAUCAGAAGCUGUAAUAAUAAAUUGGGGGAUUCUAUAAAAUUUUGAUUUGAAUCUCUUCAAGAAAUCUUCGUUUACUGUUUCAUUCAAUGAUUUACAAAAUUGGGAACACGAGAAUGAACUAUCCCAAUUUAAAUUUAUUUACAUAUAUCUGAUUUCGAAAUUUUUGGUUACGAAUUAAAAAUAAGAGCCCCCAAAGGCACAAUAUGUACUGAAUUAAGAGAUAUCUCAUUUAACAGAUGAUUAAUAUUUUCAAAUUGACAAAAAACGAACCGUAAAAUAUCUUUUUAUCAUUAGUAUCUGAUUAUAAGUACGGAGUAAGGUUAUGUAUAUUAAACUAUCCCAUGCUCCAAUCCUAAUAGAGGUGUUGUUACUUUUAAAUACCCACUUGCAGGUUUAACCUGUACUUAAGAAAAAGAUUACUUAUGUUUUGAAUAGAGUUCAUUGGCAAUAAAUAAAGCAAAGCCAACAAAAAUUUAAAUUUCUAACAAUCUCAUGAAUGAAAUAAUAUCAAAAAUAAAUGAAGCCAAAGUAGAACUAAAAAAGAGUACUCUUGAACAACUAGAAUAAUUAAUUAAAUGA